AUGAGUGGACUUGCAAUGCAGUCUACACAGUUUGGUAUGGGCGCAGGCGCUGGUGCUGGAGCAGGCGGCGGGCCGGCACUGGCACCCGUGCCAUUGGGUACGUCCGGUCUUGGUAUUGAGGCACUUUACAACAAUCCAAUGUUUGCGGGAGGAUUGGGGCUUGCUGGGCUUGGGGCAGCGGCAGCAGUUGCGCGUCGUGGGGUCAUCAGGGGGGCUCAGCUGUUGCGAAAAAAUUUGCUCGUCAACGUCGAGAUCAGCAGACGCGACCCGUCGUAUCCUUGGGUUUUGGCGUGGCUGUCCCAGCCUAGGCCCGCCCAUGGUUUUCUCAUAUCAAAACUCACCCGAAUUCGUGAUCUUUCGGUCGCCACUGCCACUGAAUCGUCCAGAACUGAUCCGCUUGGCGCUAGCGACGAUGCAACAAGGGCCAGCUUCUUCUUGCAGCCCGGCUACGGGCGGCACAUUAUCCGCCACUCAGACGGUACUUAUAUUGCCGUGAAUCGUGAAAAACAGUCCACCGCCAAUCACCAGACUGGAGAACCGCACGAGACCGUUACCCUGACUACGCUUUGGUCACAUCGCCAUGUAUUUGAGCAUGUCUUCUCCGAGGCUCACGCCCUAGCCAAGAGCGCACAGGCAGGCAAGACACCGGUCUACAGCAUUCAAGGCAUGUCGUGGGCGCAGCUGGGCCUCCCACGUCGAAAGAGACCGCUCGCGUCAGUGGUGUUUGACAAGGGACUCAAGGAGGCCAUUGUAGCAGACGUUCAGGAUUUUCUCUCUCGGCACCAGUGGUAUGCUGACCGUGGCAUUCCUUACCGCCGCACAUAUUUGCUGCAUGGGCCCCCCGGAAGCGGCAAGUCGUCCUUCAUACACGCUCUCGCUGGCGAACUGGACUACAACCUGGCAAUUGUCAACCUGGUCGAGCGAGGCCUCACUGAUGACAAGCUGGCAAACAUGCUCAUGAGGUUACCGCCACGCUCGAUCCUGCUGCUCGAGGACGUUGACGUUGCUUUCGGAAAUCGACAAGAGAUGUCACCGGAUGGGUACAGCGGGGCCACUGUCACAUAUUCCGGCCUCCUCAAUGUUUUAGACGGUAUGGCGGCUGGCGAAGAUCGUAUUGCGUUUUUGACCACCAACCACGUUGAACGAUUAGACCCAGCUCUUAUCCGACCGGGCAGAGUCGAUGUCAAAGUGCGCGUGGGCGAGGCCACGCCUGAACAAGCGGCUGAGCUUUGGUCCAGGUUCUAUGGUGACGUUGACACGUCGGGUAGCGGCCGGGAAAGAUUCAUCGCCAAACUCUACAAACUAGGAUUUUUCGCCGAGCCAGCAGAGGGCCGGGUGCCCCUACGAAUCAGCGCUGCUGCGAUACAAGGGCUCUUCCUAACCAAUAAGGAGGACAUGGAGGGAGCUAUCUCCCACAUGGAGGCGCAUUUGAUUCCUGGACACUCUCAUCACGGUUCGCAGCCCCACACAGCGACGGCGCAUAAACCGCGCAAUGCCCGAUCCAAGCGCAUCUUGGAAAAGAAGGCACCAAAAGCCAUCGAGAACCCCAAAUCGGCCCUGUUCCUCCGGGGCACGAGCUGUAGUCAAGUAGUCCAGGAUGCCAUUGCCGACAUCUUCUCUAUGCGCCAAACACUUGCGAAGAAACACCCAUUUGAGGACCCAAGCUCGCUGGAGUUCUUCUCUGAAAAGUGCGACACCAGUCUCAUCGUCUUCGGCUCGAGUAGCAAAAAGCGACCGCACACCCUCACCCUAGUACGUAUGUUCAGCCACAAGGUGCUUGACAUGCUAGAGCUUCACCUUGACGCCGAGUCGUACCGGCGGACGGCGCAGUUCAAGACAUCCAAGUUCACCAUAGGCUUGCGGCCUCUGAUGGUGUUCGCGGGCGCCCAAUUCGAAAGCACGGUCCAAAACGAGUAUACCGCGGCCAAGAGUCUCCUUCUUGACCUGUUCCGCGGCGAUAGCAGCUCAGAUAAGAUAGACGUCGAGGGCCUGCGGUAUGUCAUCGUGGUCACUGCCGAGGACAGUCCCGCGACUGCUGGGUCUGGGGAUGGAUCCAAGCCAGCACUGCAUCUGCGAGUCUACAUGAUCAAGACAAAGAGGAGCGGAGAGAAGCUCCCGAGGGUGGAAUUGGAGGAGAUAGGACCACGCAUGGACUUCCGCCUGGGCAGGCUGCGCGAGGCUGACGAGAGCAUGCUUAAGGAGGCCAUGAAGAGACCAAAAACAAGUGAAGAGAGGACAAAGAAGAACAUUUCGACCGAUUCGAUGGGAGACAAGAUAGGCCGUAUUCACCUAGGAAAGCAGGACCUUGGUGACCUGCAAACGAGGAAGAUGAAGGGCCUCAAGAGAGACCGCAAGGACGCCAACGGCGAGGCGUCCCCAUCUCAAACGGCUGGUGAUCAUAAAAACAAGAAACCAAAAACAGGAUAG